AUGGUUUACAAUACUGUUAAUGUUCAGUCGGAGGCGCUGAGACAAGGAACACUGAGUAUCCAGCAUGUCCAUAACUCUGAUGAUGGCCACUAUCAAUGUCAUUUUAAGGAUGAGCACAUCUCCCAUGGGGCCACUGUGAAGCUGCAUGUUGUAGGUAUUGUUUCUGCUCCUCGUGUACACAUGAUAGGACCAGAAGAUGGUGGGAUCUGGAUAUUGUGCUCCUCAGGCGGUUGGUUCCCAAGACCCAGGUUGCAGUGGAGUGGUGAAGUUGGAAUAAAGCUUAUGGCCCUCUCUGAGACUCUGACCCAAGAUGGAGAUGGACUCUUCCACGUGGAGGCAUCUCUUGUGGUCACAGGCAGGUCUUUGGACAAUGUGAUCUGCUCCAUCCAGAAUCCAGUCUCCCACCAGGAGAAUAUGUCGGUCAUUUUCCUCCCAAAAUCCUUAUUGCCCAGAGUGUCUCCAUGGGAGGCAGCUCUGACAGGGACAGUCCCAGUACUGGGGAUUCUCCUCAUUGGAAUCAGCUACACUGGCUGGAAAGAGCAUCAAAUCAAAGAGAAAGAAGUUAAAAAAUGGAAAAAAGAAUCUGAGGAAAUGGGUGAGAUGACAAAAGAAAAGGAAGUGGCACUUAAAGACAAAGAUGAUGGCAACAAAAAACUAUUAGCUUUCUUCGGCGGGUAA